AUGACGGAACAAGCGCCACCGGCUCCAGUCACUCACGCUCCAGUGGCUCCAGUCACUCACGCUCCAGUCGACAAGAAUGUCACUGCCGAGACGGCCAGUCCCACGUCGGUGAUUGGAACAAAUGUGAAGAGCCCCCCUUCUCCAGGACACGCUCCUGCCGACGCCAACCACGCUCAUGCGGCUACCACCCAUCCUGAUUCCGCUCUUGCCAAGGUCCAACACGAGAGGACAAUGUCGAACAUCAAGGCCUGGGAAGAGAGUCGCAAAGCGAAAGCCACCAACAGGUGCGCCGCGGUGAUUGCAAAGAUCGGUGCCUGGGAGGCCUCGCAGAAGGCUGGAGCUGAAGCAAAGUUGAAGCAGGCUGAGGAGAAACUCGAGAAGAAGAGAGCCGCACUCGUCGAAAAAAUGCGUAAUCAAAUUGCAGCCGCUCACAAGAUGGCCGAAGAGAGACGAGCUCUCGCGCACGCGCAGGAAGGCGAGGAGAUGUUCAAAAUCGAAGAAACUUCAGCAAAGUACAGAGCUCAAAACAAGAAGCCUGGAGGAUUCCUGUGCUUCAAGGCCUGA